UCCGGCGAGCGCGGGGCCGCCGCCGCCGUUGUCGCCGCCAUCACCAUGAAGGACGUGCCGGGCUUCCUGCAGCAGAGCCAGAGCUCGGGCCCGGGCCAGGCGGCCGUGUGGCACCGCCUGGAGGAGCUCUACAACAAGAAGCUCUGGCACCAGCUGACGCUGCAGGUCCUGGACUUCGUGCAGGACCCCUGCUUCGCCCAGGGGGAUGGACUCAUCAAGCUUUACGAGAACUUCAUCAGUGAGUUUGAACACAGGGUGAACCCCUUGUCCCUGGUAGAGAUCAUUCUUCAUGUAGUUAGGCAAAUGACAGAUCCCAGUGUGGCCCUUUCUUUUCUGGAAAAGACUCGGGAAAAGGUAAAAAGCAGCGAUGAAGCUGUCAUUUUGUGCAAGACAGCCAUCGGGGCUCUCAAGCUGAACAUUGGAGACCUGCAGGUCACAAAGGAGACCAUUGAGGAAGUUGAGGAGAUGCUGAACAAUCUCCCUGGGGUGACUUCAGUUCACAGCCGUUUCUACGACCUCUCCAGCAAGUACUACCAGACCAUUGGGAACCAUGCCUCUUACUACAAGGAUGCUCUGCGCUUCCUAGGCUGCAUUGACGUUAAAGAUCUACCAGUAUCAGAGCAGCAGGAGAGAGCCUUCACCCUGGGGCUGGCCGGGCUUCUGGGAGAAGGUGUUUAUAACUUUGGGGAGCUGCUCAUGCACCCUGUUCUGGAGUCCCUGAGAAACACCGAUCGGCAGUGGCUGAUUGAUACUCUUUAUGCCUUCAAUAGUGGAAAUGUAGAGACAUUUCAGGCUCUAAAGUCAGCAUGGGGCCAGCAGCCAGAUCUGGCAGCAAACGAAGCCCUUUUGCUGCAGAAGAUCCAACUGUUAUGCCUAAUGGAGAUGACUUUCACCCGACCGGCCAACCACAGACAGCUCACUUUUGAGGAGAUUGCAAAGAGUGCCAAAGUCACAGUGAAUGAGGUGGAACUGCUGGUGAUGAAGGCCCUCUCRGUGGGAUUGGUAAAAGGCAGCAUUGACGAGGUGGAUAAGAGGGUGCACAUGACAUGGGUGCAGCCGCGGGUGUUGGAUUUACAGCAGAUCAAAGGGAUGAAAGACCGCCUGGAGUUCUGGUGCACAGAUGUGAGGAGCAUGGAGAUGUUGGUAGAGCACCAAGCCCAUGACAUCCUAACAUAGAGGACCUUGCACAGCCCUGAGAGAGUAAUUUUUUACUGCURUGGAUGCUAGCAGCCCUUCAGACCACUGACUCUGUUCUGAAUUACAUUGAAGGGGGGUGGGUGGGCAGAGGAGAGAGCAGCUUUUUUGACGCUUAUCCGGAGGAGUAAGUAAGUGGCCUUUUGCUGUGUAACCCUUUGGUGCUUGGAGAGAAGAUUUCCCUACGCGCUAACACUAGUGGCACUGACCACGGGAGCUCCUGUCCUGUCCUCCCUCCUCCAAGGAGGGCAAAGGCUGAUUUAUGAGUCGUGCUGACGAGCUCUUUUGGGAGGCUGUAACGCAGGUUACGCCUUACAGCAGCGGAGGCCACUUUUACAGGAGGAUAUGGUGCUGGUUACGUGCCACCGAGGUGGUGGUUCUCCAGGUAAUGGGGUGGCAGAAGCUCCUCUAUAAAUAUAUAUAUAUACUUAUAUGUUCUAGAGAGGUGCCUGAACACCGUACGUGGUAUUACUUAGUAGCAUUGGCCUUAGGAGGGCACGAGCUUCCCCUGGUAACCCCCAGUUCCCUCCCUGCGCCAAAGGCAGCGUUACCGAAGCCCUAUUCCUCCUGUUGCCCCUUUCUCCACAACCCUCCUCAUCGGCAGUAGAGCGAGUGCUUGCUCCAUCAAAGGGGUGGGGGUUUUUGUUUCGUUUUCUCCGGGAUUACAGUUUAGUGGAUUUGUUUUUAUAUACCUUUUGGGGGAUAGUCGUCUUUUAUGAACACUUUAUGCUAAAGUGAGGUGCAGCAAUAUUGCUCUA